AUGAAAACGUCCUCCAGGUUGAGAGCGAUGAUUGGUACAUUCUUUGGUACUGGGGUAGCCCUCAUAGCUCACGGAAUUGGGAUGUGGCGUGAUGAGAAAUCAGGGACGGCAACACUGGCAAGUCGCCGUUCGCGAGCAAUUUUGGCCAGUACAGCUUUCGCCGCAGGUAUCGGCGAACUUUAUACCAACACCGCUGCGGGUAACGCUUCGACACACAUUGCCUUUACGAUCUACACAGGAAUGAGGGAUCUAAUGGUACAAUCACGACUGAGGCUGCAUAACCCAAACACGUCUGGUAUAAAGCCUGACUGGACACACUUCAGCAUCAUGAUGUUCUUAAUGACUAUAAUUGCGGGGCUGGUCAACUUUGGCAUGUCAACACUGGCAUCUCCUUCAGGACAGGCUGCCUGGGCUGCUAGAUCGAGCUUUACCGAACAGCUGAAGCAUGCUGUAAUACGCGGGGUUUUGAAUCUGAUUGGUGAAGUCGGCGAUGACUUCCUAUUCCAAGUCAUCCCUUCCAUACGCUCGCAUUUCAAGGGCGUUGAGAAUCCUCAUGUACUCCGGCUAAGCCUCAAAGAUGUCGGCUACCAGAAGGGUUAUCUCACAAACGCGGCGUUAGGUCCAUGGGCCGCGCGAACAGGCCUCUUGGCGACAACUCUCGCUUUACUAGGCAUUGCGUCGCCAUGCCUUGCACAUAAUGCAAGGCUUUUGGAAGGAGUUUCUGAUUUAAUAGUCGGUGUUACCAACGGGCCGCUCUAUGAGCCCUUUGCGAAUUCAGUUUCGGGACAGCCGGAUCCCGUCCGCAACCCAUGCGGCAGUGACGAGGAGAGCCAGAAGCAGAAGGAGUGUAGUCAAAGCGAUGAUGCUGCUAGUAUACGCAGCUAUAUGCACCCAAAUAUCGACAUGACAAACUGUGCAGAGGUCAAGUGGGAAGAAAGUCAAGGGCAUCAUCAACCGGACUAUACAGAACCUUACGACGAAAAAGCCUCAUCUUUCCAACCACAAAGAGAUGGACUGCCAAGAAUAGAUGAAUGCGCAUCGUUGCAGUCAUUUGCCUCACCAUCACCAAUAUUAGUUGGCUUUUGUAACAUAGAAACGCCCAAAAAUAGUGGUAAGAACAUUUUCUGUACACGUACUUCGCGAUCAACCUUCUACGGCAUACUAAUAGGGCAAACAGCCCAAAUCAUAGAUACUAGGAAUGCAAUGAGAAACGAUUGGGACGAUGAAGUUACUGCUUCGGAAGAAGAGUUCGAACGAAAACAACGACGAGCAACAGCAAGCGACACUGGAAGUAUUGACCUUGCUACAUUACGACGCAGUUUCCGACUCGGAAGGGCCAUGUUGGUCACCACGGUAUCGGAUAUUGGCGAUUCCAUGAUAUUUGCGUGUAUACGGCACCAAGCACAGACAGCUGCUGUAACAAAGGCCAAUACGUACAGGCUUGGAGCCAAUUUCAUUAGCAGAAUUUGUUCUUUUGAGGGUUGCCGCAAAUUCCUUUUCGCCCAAGUGAGGGGGGCUAUCAAGCUGGGCAAGAUGCUACAAGUGUUGCAGCCUAACUGGAAAAAUACAGUGGCAUUCAACGGGUUUGAUAGCAAGCUGAUUGGUGUUGAUCAACGACUGCUAAUUAGAUACAUCAAGCACAGGAUUGUCCCUAUACUGGAAAGACUAGAACGAGUGCAUGCGUGGAAUAUGGCAGAUGCAGUGCAACAACUAGUUACAUGUAUUAAUCUAGGCAGGGGCCAAACAAAACAUCCUCCUUCUAUAGUAGAAUAGAUUAAUGAGUUAUGAAGUACUAGAAUAGGAAAAUAAGG